AUGGCAGCCACCACCAACACCAGGAAGGUAGCACUCGUGCUAACCCUACUGGCGCUCCUCCCACCGAGCAUCAUCGGUGCCCGCACCAGACCGUCGUCUCCGCACCAUAGCCAGGGCCACAAGCGCUCGCCGCCUCCCGCUUCUCCUCCGCCUCCGCCCCCGGCGCCCACCGCACCCGCGGCCGCCGCCGGACUCGUCCGCGCCACGUGCAACUCGACGGCCUACUACGACCUAUGCGUGUCCACGCUGGGCGCCGACCCGUCCAGCGCCACGGCCGACGUGCGAGGCCUCUCGUCCAUCGCGGUCUCCGCCGCCGCCGUGAACGCCUCGGGCGGCGCGGCCACGGCCGUCGCUCUGGCGACCGGCGGCAACACCACGACCACCGUCGACGGCACCACGCAGGCGCUGCUCCGCACGUGCGCGACGAAGUACGGCGAGGCCCGAGACGCGCUGUCGGCCGCCAGGGACUCCAUCGCGCAGGAGAACUACGACUACGCGUCCGUGCACGUCAGCGCCGCUGCCGAGUACCCGCAGGUGUGCAGGGUGUUGUUCCAGCGGCAGAGGCCUGGGGACUACCCGCCGGAGCUGGCGGCCAGGGAGGAGACUCUCCGACAGCUUUGCACCGUGGCGUUGGACAUCAUCACGCUCCUCUCCAACAACACCAACUGA